AUAAAUUCGGUCACUUCCUCCGUCCGAAACAAGCAGUCGUGUUGGUUCCUAACCUUUGACAAAAACAUUGACAAAUUUCAACUGCCGUGCACUUUUUUUUACGAAAUUAACCGUAAUUCUACAAGUUAAAAUAUUUCUAUCGUUGAAACUAUGUUUAUUUUGCAUUUCCCGGAACAACUUUUAGUUGAACACAACCUGGUAUUUUCCUUCCACCAUUGCGCAACAGGGGCACGCUGACGAAUAGCAGCCAGCCAGUCAGCCCGGCUUUAGCCAGCCAGCUAGCUAGCUAGUGAGGCUGGGCUGAGAUGACAAGCGGUUUUUCUGGCACCUUCACCCCCGUAAAAUACUUCAUCUCGACGCCGAUGUUUACAUCGCAUUGAUUGCUGGUUGCUGCCGUUGUGGAGUGACUUGGAUGCUGUUCAAGAUUCCCAAGUAGCUGCUAGCAGUCCCCUCCUGAUCUGAUGUUGCCACUAUGCGUCAACAAUGAAAUCCCAGCGUGAAAACAACCACUGGUUGCUGCUGUGGCUGACAACUGACGGAUAAAAACAAUUCUACGCACUCUUCCCUCCUCCUCUGCUUCCCACCGUUUUAUCCUGGUCCCCGGGAACAUGAGCGGCAUGCGUGUGGAUGCCAAGGUGGUGAUGCUGGGAAAGGAGAGCGUGGGCAAGACCAGCCUGGUGGAGAGAUACGUUCAUCACCGCUUCCUGGUCGGACCUUAUCAGAACACUAUCGGUGCCGCAUUUGUGGCCAAGCCAAUCCAAGUGGGAGACAAAGUCGUCACCUUGGGAAUAUGGGACACGGCUGGAUCAGAACGCUACGAAGCCAUGAGCAGAAUCUACUACAGAGGAGCCCGAGCAGCCAUUGUCUGCUAUGAUCUGACGGACAGCAGCAGCUUCCAGCGUGCGCGUUUCUGGGUAAAAGAGCUGCAGAACUGCGAGGAGCACUGUAAGAUCUACCUGUGUGGCACCAAGAACGACCUGGUUCAAGGAGACCGGAGUCUGCGUCAGAUCGACUAUCACGACGCGCAGGACUUCGCCGAAGAGAUUGGCGCACAGCAUUUUGAGACCUCUAGCAAAACGGGAAACAACGUCGACGACUUGUUCCAAAAAGUGGCUGAGGACUACAACAAUGCCGCAUUCCAGUACAUGACAGCAGAAGAAACGGGUGUCGACUUGGGGCAGAAGAAAGACUCGUACUUCUACAUGUGCUGCAACACCAACUAACGAUGAUGGUUGCCAACGGGGACGAGGAACACGCUGGAUGGGAAGUGGGAAAAGACACUAAGUGGUUGUGUGGCAUGAAGAACUGAACAUCUAGGUUGGUCCGCCUACUGAGCUGGGCCACCUUCAAGAUGGACAACUGAGCUGCUGAGACUUGUUUUGAGAUCCAUGUACAAAAACUCUCGAUUUCACUACAAAAGCCUUUUUUUCUUUGUUUUUUGAGAAUGUGGUUUGAAUCCAGAGAGCUCUGCAUGACCUGGUGGUCCACAGUAAUGGAUGCUGUGCCUGUUAGUGUGUCUGUGCAUCACAUGAUCCUGUCAUCUACUCGCAUGGAGGGGAAAACGACUCAUUUCUUCCUUUUUUCAGUCCACAUGUUGAGGUUUUUUCCCUCAAGACAGGAAGAAGUCUUACAGCACAAACAGUCGUCACCUCAGAAGCUGUCUUUCACAUUUGGUUACACUUAUUUAUUGUUGCCUUUUUUUCCCCAAAAUGCCAGAUGACUCUUUCGCCCCCUUCAAAAAACUGCUUGAAUGUUUUUUUUAAAAAAAAAUGAAAUUGAAUAGUGCUCACAAACUUGACAUUAUAACAAGAAUGUUCUUGCUUUUGUAUUGAUUCAUCCUUGGCAAAAAAUGUCAGAAUAAAGUGGAAAUGUGUGCUUUUGUGCAAUCACAAAA